AUGACCUGCCUGGAGAAUAAGUUCACCUCCAAUAACCCGGCCUUAAUAACCCACAAAAUAUCAAAGCUGCUCCAAUCAGCUGAGGCAAUAAUACGCAGGAAGGACACUGACCCCCUGAAGCUUCCGGAAUUGAAUUUAUUAUUUGCACAGUGUAGCAGUGACAAUGCAGUUGUCAGCUCUGGAAGCUGCCAGGCUCUGGUGUACCUGGUGGAAUCUGAACUGUUGGAAGUGUCUCCAAUCCUGUCUAAGUUCAUCGCGAUACUCGGGGAAACAAAGAAUUAUUUGUCAGUUACGUCAGCAAUAUGUGGUCUAUUGAACUUAGAUUUGAAGAACAGGAAUCCUGGGAAGGAGUACACUUGUCCAUUCUCCAUAAAGGCGCCUCAGCAUCCUCUAAUUACUGUUCUCAUGCAGAAAACCACUGUAUGGAGGGACAUUCUAGGGCACAUGAAAUUGAUGAUUCAUCAGUCAGAUCCAAAAUUGUUAGGACAUUACAUUGAGCUAUUCCGUCCAGUCUUCGUCUACAUCCUUUGUAACCCCACAGCAAGCCUCCCAGAGAGCUGUAAGCAACAAGCCUGGGACCUGUUGAUGAAAACCGACGAGACAAUCCACCUGCAACUGGAAAUCCUCCAGUGGCUUCCCAUGAACGACCCAAACUCUUGCAUGGACACCAGCAAUAGAAUUCUGGAGCUCUCUGAAUACUCCCUAGCUCAGAAGAACACAGAUUUAUGUGCAGCGUUGCUGCCUCUGAUAGCAGCAGUAGCUUUGGACCUUGUAAAACACAAUUGUGAUCCCAGGGCCAACAUCCUGAUGAUGGAACAGAUGGUCCACUGUGCUGAUGGUAGAGGAGGGAGUGUCGUCAUGUUUCUGUUAUCAGAAAUGAUCGAGAUUACUCAUAGUGUUUAUCUCCGGAGUAUAAUCGAAAUAGGCUCCAUGCUCUUCGAGAAAGGCAUCUGCAACGAGACAUCCUCGAACGCCUUCAUGGGCUCGAUUCUCUCCUGGAUGGCCUAUGCCUCCCCCUUAUCCUCUGAAGCCCUGAUGACCUCCUUGUCCCUGCUGCCAGCCAUAUCAUCAAAACGCAACUGGUCCCCUCCUGAGAACACCCACACAAAUCCCUUCCAUCAAGUUCUGCAGCAGUCCAAUCCCAACUACCAGUUCUACUCGAUCAUCUGUCAGUACCUCUCCUCCGAGACACUGAAUCCCUGGCUGCAGAGGCUAUCCCACACCCCAGCAAGUGUUCUCGUCAGCUACAAGCACGUGUUAUCAGGCCUCUUCAUGCAAUCCAGCAACAGCUCAAUCAUCUCAAGUACGUUAAAAUCCCUGGCUAGGAUCGUCAAAGCCUGCCCAGACUUCGCCCCCAACGUUCUCUCCAUGGUUCUUCACAAGCUGACGACAUCCAAGGAUAUUUCGCAGACCAAGGAGAUGCUGUUCACAGUGCCAGACCUUGCAGUAUCCAAGGAAAACAUGCCAACGAUAAUUCACAUGACGGAGUCGCUACUUUUAUCGGAUGAACCCAUGAAAUACGUCGCCAUCGAGCUGUACCUGCGCCUGUGGGAGGUAGAGCCCCGUUGUCACAGUUACCUGAUGACAGCUCUGAUAUCCCUGACAAGAAACGACUCGUCAUUCAUGGGAACAGUCACCUGUGCCAACGCUAUGAAGCUCAUCUGCGAGAGACGUCCGGAGAAAGGGGCAGAACUGGUGCCCUUGCUGUCAGAAAUUCUGAACAAGUGCACCACCACGACAGGAUCAGCAGCCAGUGCUCUAGCAUUACGAGGGAUCUCAGCCCUCUGUGUGUCAGGAAUAGCAGACGUUUGCUCUGCCUGGCGCGUCCUCUCUCCCAGGAUGAGCGGUGAAACACGAACGGCUGUCAUCAAGAGCAUCUGUGAGUUUUUUGGAGACGUUCCGUCAGCCGCGUCGUAUCUCGAAGAGGAGUUCAACGAACUUCUGGGGGAGAGCCUGAAGAAACUGUGGGAUUACGCCUGCCAUGAAAAUAUGGAGAUCGUCAAGGCUGCGUUCAAGGCCCUGUCCAGGUACAAAGUGCAGCAGAUGAGGGUCUGUCAUCUUCCUGUGAGCUUCACUAGUGCCUUGAAGCAGUCACAUAAUCGCGGGUCAGCUGGGAGUGCUCAGGAUGUCGUGGAGAAAGAACUCAAUUACAUCCCUGGAUCCUGCUGGAUCCAAAUGCUGGAGAACGUUCGAGAACAGGCGCUGCCCACUACUGGGGAUUUCCUUGCCAAGUUCAUUGAGGAUGAGCUGAACAACUACAGGAGUGGAAUUUAUAUGUGGUCCAUAGGGGAGCCAGUGAACUUCAAUUAUCUCCCUGAAAUCAGCCCCGCCAGGAGCAUAGGAGAGUAUUUGAGACGCUAUGCCAGCAGCCAAUCUAGUAAAAAACAUAUUGUCGUUGCUGAAUGCAUGAGGAUAUUCUCCAAGAAGUACUCUAAGGCAUUGCCUCCAAUCAAGUUCGAUCGACUGCUCGACGCCAUCAAUUUCUCCGAUGAGACAAAAGCCUAUGGGGUAUCCCUGGCGUGUCAUCAGGCGGCUGUUUCGCCAUCUGCCAAGGAGUACCUCAGUAAAUUACUGGUGGAGAUGACUAACUGCAGCUUGAUGUCUCCUCAGGAGUUCAAAAAAUGCUGGCACUACUGUGAGCAUUUGGAAGACAUCUGCCGUGGGGUAGCCUCGAACGUCCUGGGACCGUUCCUUGACGUCACGAUUAACUCCAUAGUUGAGAAGGCCAUUUUUGAUAAUGACAACGCUGUCUCCAUGUUCAAGGAGAUCAUGAGAAGCUUCUCCAGCAUUCUGAAGGAUGAUUUGGUGCUACACGACAACAAGACCAUUAUAGGAAGUGUUCUGGAGCGGCUGGUGGGUAAAGUUGACGUCGAUCACAAGAUAUUUGGGGAUAUUGUCCUGGCAAUGAUAGAAAUGCCAACAGAGGAGAUUGAGAGGCUGACUUUGCCCAGUGUCUGGGAGGAGGUCACCACUGAGAAGCUGGAGAAAGCCAUUGAAAUUCGAGGGGGGCUCGUGCUGAAGAAGAAUAACGAAGUUCCACUCAGCUGGAUGAAUGAGAUCCUCCAGGUAGCCUCGAACAUUCCCAGUGUUCACAAGCGACUGUUGAAAACGUUGCAGAGGAUUCUCGUGGAUCUGAGGCAGGAGAAGUCCAAUGCUGUCUGGUGCUGGGAUCUCAUGAGCAAGAUACAAAUUAUGAUCGUCGACAGCCAGGAUUACAAGGCGUUAAAGGCUGCCGAGUUCCUCUGCGAUGUAUUAUUUGUUACGAUUAUUGUCUUGUCUUGGGGUGAUUGUUUUGUAGGAUCUGAGGAGCUCAUCACUUUGUCGUGGGAUGUCAGGGGGGAAUUAUUUUCUCAUGCUGUUUAUAGAGUUAUUGAGCUGCCUUCUUGGGGGAAUAUCACGCAGCAGGUCAUGGAAUGGCUACAUCUUGUCAGAACGAGUUGUCUACCUGCGGCGUACAAAAGUAUCUUUCAUAAUGCCCUAACGUCACUUAAGAAAGACCGGUACUUAAAUGAGCACUGGACAAAAUAUUUGUCUGUUAAGAGUCCACUGAGUUAUUCGUUACCUUCAAAAGACUAG